CUGGAAUCCCUAAACAUAAAAACAGCAGGAACAAUGAGCUUACCUCGCUCCGCAAUCGUAACUCCCGCUCUUCAUGAGAUGUACAUGGACGAGCACUCUAUGGUCCAAAUGGGAAUGGUCGUUCGUCACAACAAUUUAGGUGUUGCGUGCAUUGAAUCUGGCGCAUACGAAAGGGCGGGUCAGUACUUUCGACGUGCGUUGGACAAGGCCAGUGAAACAACGUUUUUCUCCUUGCCUCAGUCGGAAAGCUACAUCAAGCCUGGCGAAGUAUCCAGAAGUCUAUACAUCUAUCAACGCGGAGAGUAUGACGAAGGAAUGCACACUUUCUCUGACCCGUUCUUCCUCGAUGUGGCAUUUUCUACAAUGCACAGUGCAACAGCAACAAUUCUUUUCAACAUUGGACAGUUACACUUGCGUCUCGACAACAACGAGGAGGCGUCGGCUUCGUUUUUGCGAGCUUUGCAUAUUGCCCAGUGGAGCAACGAAGAUAUUCUACAUGACAGCGAAGAGGGCGUUUGUGUAAUGGCAAUUCUGCACAACAUUGGUCAUGUGCAGUACCGCAGCGGAAACUACGAAGACGCCGUCCGGACUUACGCCAAGGCACUUCAUUUGGCAAAAAAUGCUUUUUGCAAGAACUCACACCGAAUGUUGGAGGUUGCUGCUACACUGAAUUGUCUCGGGGUUCUCUACUUCCAUCUGCCAAAGGCGGAGACAGAGAGGGCCAUGGAGCUGUACGUUGAGUCGCUCGCCAUACGAAAUGCCGUCCACGGAGUUGACUGCGAAAGCACUGAGAUCGCAACAACCCUGAACAAUAUUGGACGCAUCUAUUAUAUGAAAGGCGAACACGACAAGGCCCUCGAACUAUACCGUCAAGCCCUCCGCAUGCGACGAAGUUUGCUCGGCAGCGAACACUUGGACGUUGCUGCCACAAUCUACAACGCCGGUCAAACACACCACCAACGCGGCGACUUGGUCGAAGCGAUGGAACUUUACAAAGAAUUUCUAUCGAUUGCUCGUAAGCGCCUUGGUAUCCAUCACAGAGAUGUGGCUAUUAUGCUCAAGUGUAUGGCACAGAUUCACCAUGAACGCAAAGAAUACGAAAGCGCGAAGCAAUUCUAUGAAGAAGCGCUAUCUGUUGGAAAAGCUGCCCUCGGAAACUAUCACCCUGAAGUUGCCAGUACAUUGAACAAGCUUGGCAACUUGCUCUACGAAAAAGGUGACUUGGAAAACGCCAUUCGCGUAUAUAAAAGCGGUUUGGAGGUGGAACGUGCCGUCCUCGAUGUUUUUCACCCAAACGUUGUCGUGACCUUGACCAACAUUGGACAAAUCCAUAAACUUCGUGGAGAAUACCAGGCGGCCCUACGGCUCUAUAAAGAAGCAUUGGCAAUUCAGCGCAAUAGUCUAGGGGCUGCGCAUCCGAAUCUUUCCGCCACCCUAUCGUCGAUUGCUCUGAUUCAUUACCAAACACGAAGUUUUUCCAAAUCUUUGGAUGUGUACCAGGAGGCGCUGCGCAUCCGCCGCGACGCGUAUGGCGAUAACAACCUUGAAGUCGCGUCGACGCUCAAUUCGAUCGGUUUGGUCUUGUUCAAGAUGGAACAACACGAACUCGCAAUGCAGAGUUUCCAAGAAAGCCUUCGCAUUCGCCGAGAAGUGUUGGGCAAGGAUCACCGCGAUGUUGCUAUUAUUCUCUACAAUAUUGCAACAAUUCACAUGGAAAUUGGCAACGACGACGAAGCCAUGAACUUUUAUAGGGAAACGCUACGUGUCGAGCGCACAUCCUUGGGUGAAAACUAUCGUGAUGUUGUCUUGACGACACAGCACGUAGGUCAGGUCCACCAGCAACGUGGAGAAUUGACCGAGGCCCUCUACUACUUCCAACAGGCGCUCGAUUUGCAAAAGGCGGCGCCACAACAGAAUUAUGGAGCUAUUGCGCAAACUUUGAACCAUAUUGGCAAUGUGCUCUUACAACGCGGUGACGCACAAGGGCUCGUCCAUGCAUUUUCCGAGGCCUUGCGCUUCCUUCGCUUGGGAGGCAAGAGUAACGACGAAUUGACCGUUUCGGGAUUCAACUUUUACGGGCUUUCCAAAAUGCACCCCGAAUGCGCGCCUGUAGCCUAA